GUCUUAUUUACAUACAAUUGACAAGUAGCCUACCAGAAGGCGCAGAUUGCGGUAACAUGGAUGGUUUAAUCUGUUAGCCUACAAUUAAAUUCGCUUUGUGGUUAGUGGCCAUCUUUGGAGAGUGUCUGAUUGGUUGAAUCUUAGUGUGCAUACUCUAAUUAUCACGUUUGCAAUGUAAGAGUUACAUGAUUACCACAUUUAGCCCAAUGUAGCAUGCAAAAGUAGGUUACACGGUUGGUGAGUACCUAUAUGGAACAAGGAAGUUGCUGCCUUGGUAUUUUCCAGACAUCUGGAGAACAGGCUCCUCUCGUCUGGCAGAGAGCUGCACUCUUACAGCCUCAUGGAGGACAAACGCAAGAAGAGGAGUCCCAAGGUGUCCCUCCCUCAGCCCCCUCCUCCCCCCGUCAACCCCCGCAAGCUCUCUAUCCUCCCUGCCAGCAAGAGCGCCACCUUCUCUCUGGGUCUCCCCCAGCCCCCCUCUCCCAAACCCAGGGGCAAGUUCAAGAGGUCAGCAGGGGCAGCUGGGCAGUCCAGAGAGCCGCUUAGUGUGACUGUCGCUCCACCAAAGACUGGGAGACCUCACAGGGAGAAGGCCAGGGCACCGCAGCCUGCAGGCGCCAGCAAGGUGAACCAGUCGUCCCCCCUGCAGCACUCCUUCCUCACAGACGUGUCGGACGUGAGGGAGAUGGAAGGAGGCCUCCUCAACCUACUCAACGACUUCCACUCCGGCAAACUGCAGGCUUUUGGGAAGGUGUGCUCGUUCCAGCAGCUGGAACAUGUGCGAGAGAUGCAGGAGAAGCUGGCUCGGCUGCACUUCAGCCUGGACAGCCAUGUGGAGGAGCUGUCGGAGGACCAGAGGAAGACUGCUGCCGAUCACAACCUGGAGCACCUGCUGUGCAACCUAGAGGAACUCAGCACAUCGAUACAAAAGCUACACUUGGCAGAGAACCAGGACCCUCCCAAGACAUCUGAACCAGGACCCUCCCAAGACAUCUGAACCAGGACCCUCCCAAGACAUCUGAACCAGGACCCUCCCAAGACAUCUGAACCAGGACCCUCCCAAGACAUCUGAACCGGGACCCUCCCAAGACAUCUGAACCGGGACCCUCCCAAGACAUCUGAACCGGGACCCUCCCAAGACAUCUGAACCAGGACCCUCCCAAGACAUCUGAACCGGGACCCUCCCAAGACAUCUGAACCGGGACCCUCCCAAGACAUCUGAACCAGGACCCUCCCAAGACAUCUGAACUGGGACAUCCCCAUCUGGUCCCUGACGAGGGGCAUCAUUGAGGAAUGUGAUCCCUCAUCUCCACAGAGCAUCAAGAGAAGUUACCACCACACUGACCAGCAGUUAGCAGCACAGUUGAUUGGUCCAGUGGUUGAAUGGUUGGUUUACAUGGAUCAUUGAAGGAGGUGGAGCCACAGAGCACUUGAUCUGAGAACUGGAGCCAGAUGAUAGCACACUCGUUAACAGCCAGUCAUGUGACUGGUGCUGGAGUCCAAAAAGUCACAUUGGUUGUAUUUGACUUCAUGCAGCGCCGGCGAGUGCUUCAAGUGCUGCAUGAAGUCGAAUACACCUAUUUGCUGCUGCAUCCUGUCAUGUGACAGAACCACACUUGUGUCUGAAUGGUCAUAGUUUUACAUGCUCUCUUGUUCUUUCUAAUGUCAAUAGUAAACAUGCUGUCCCUCAGCAGUGAUGUAGUCCCCCUUGGGUCAGUCAGUGACCCGACCGCUCGCUAGUAGCACAAAGUCAGCAACAAACUAACGAACGAACGCACACACAGAGAUCAUUCCCUGGUCACCCGCCCCCCAACCCAACCCUAACCCGGGGGACAAUAACAACAUUUUGGAAUAUUUCCCUGCGGCCCAAUCAGAUGAACAUAUUCUGCCUUAGAAACACAUGAGAUGUACUUUGUGUUCUUUCAUAGCUACCAAGUCAGCUCAGGUCUAUGGGGGUUGUCCUUAGCUACAAGGACUCUCUCUUAUUUUGAUAUGUUUUGCUAAGCAUAAACUAUUAUGGGAAACAUCCUGGAUAUGGAUAUAUAUAACAGGGAGAUACAUCCUGCAUAUGGAUAUAUAUAACAUCCUGGAUAUGGAUCUAUAACAGGGAGAAACAACAGGAAACAGAUCAUUGUAUCCACCGCUGUAGCAAGAGGUGUGGCACUUCCACUGUGUUACAUGGAAAUAGUAUAUUUAGAUGAUACUGAAUGUGUGAAUUUCCUUUUAUUUUAUUAACUUUCAAUAGGCUGUACAAACUGUGUUAACGUUUUGGCAUCUAAAACUGGAGUGUUUUGCUUCUGCGUAGAUUGUUAGUCGGAGAUAUCUUGGUUUCAGAUAAAGUAUGACAGCUGCAGCUCGUCGAGCUUCAGUGUUGUGGAAGCAGCCAGUGUGACAUGUAGGUCACGGGUCCCUAACCCGACCAAGGUGAUGUGUUCCAGUAAGACCUACCGUAUGGUGUGUGACCCGACCAAGGUGAUGUGUUCCAGUAAGACCUACCGUAUGGUGUGUGUGGAUGACACAGAGCCUGCAGGUCUGGUGUAGAGCAGUUAGCUGUGUCUCUGGCUGACUCCACUAUUAUCUUUUUAAUGAGAAAAUUAGUGGGUGGAAUGAUUUUAAGUGUACAGUUUAACAAGGCAGCUUUUGAAACUUUUUCUAAUUACAGCAUUGGAAACCAAGCUGUGGUUAUUUCUCUUGUCCCAGAAGGGGAAAUAAACCAGACCUUGAACAGGCUUCAGCAUGUUGUUCAUAAGAACAGAACCAAAGUAACGUUCUCUGGUUCAUUAUACAAAUGCAAAAGAAACAGACUCUGAAUGAGCCUCCAUGGUACCUGCUGGACAUGCCUACCUCCUUCUGCCCCGAGGCAGGGCACUGUGAGAGCUGUUACCCUCCUUCUUCCCCGAGGCAGGGCACUGUGAGAGCUGUUACCCUCCUUCUUCCCCGAGGCAGGGCACUGUGACAGCUGUUACCCUCCUCCUGCCCCGGGGCAGGGCACUGUGACAGCUGUUACCCUCUCGAGAAACCUGCUUUUAUUUCAAACAGCCUUGUCCUUAGCUUUGCUGUUGUGAAGGGAUAGUUCACUCAUAGACAAAAGUGCUGCACGUGAUCACCAGGAUUGGUGUAAACAGUCACACCUGCGGAAGAACAAGAAUACUAGAAAACAGGUGGUACGUUUUGGGUGAACUUCACCUUCAACCAACUGUGUAUUUAUAUACUGUACCUUUUAAUUAAAAGCAAAUCCUGUACUGUAAAUGUUUUUAUGAUGCCUUGUUAUGUAGCACACUGCAUCUCUGCAAGACACCCUGUGUACCAAAUAGCAUACCAUCUCUUUGUACUUUUAGUAGGUACUGCAGCUGCCCUUGCUAAGUAGUACUGUUGCAUGCAGUAUGCAUACAGGUGGGAUGUACCAUUUCAUAACAUUGUGCCUUGAACUUCAUCCAAUUAAAGAUCCUGUAAAGUG